CCGCUGUGUGGGCGUGGCCUGGCAGCGCCGUGACCAGGAAGCGGCGGUGGCGUCACUUCCGGAAGAGCCGCGAACAUGGCGCUGUUCGAACAGAUGCGGGCCAACGUGGGGAAGCUGCUGCGGGGCAUCGACCGGUACAACCCCGAGAACCUGGCCACCCUGGAGCGCUACGUGGAGACGCAGGCCAAGGAGAACGCCUACGACCUGGAGGCCAACCUGGCCGUGCUGAAGCUGUACCAGUUCAACCCCGCCUUCUUCCAGACCGGGGUGACGGCGCAGAUCCUGCUCAAGGCGCUCACCAACCUUCCCCACACCGACUUCACCCUCUGCAAGUGCAUGAUCGACCAGGCACACGUAUCCCGGGCGGGGAAUUCCUGGGGAGCACCUCCGUUCCAUGGGGAACCCCCUUGGAACCCCCCUUUCCAUGGGGAACCCCCCCCGUUCCAUGGGGAGCCCCCUUGGAACCCCCCAGUUCCAUGGGGAAACCCCCCAGUUCCAUGGGGAACCCCCUGGAAAACACCCCCA